GAGCGGCAGAGAGCCGUUGAGCAAUGCUGGGCAGCUGGGGAGCAGGCGCCGCUGGCGGACAGGAGGCGGCCCUCGGGUCGGUGAGGCCCUUGGGGACCCUGAACCCGGAGCGCGGAGAGGAGGAGGAGGAGAAGCCUCCCGGCCGGGCAGGGUUUCAUCUCAGCCGGCUGGUCAGCUGGAGGCAGCAUCCGUGCAGGACCUCAGCCCUGUUUGCUGCAGCGAACGCUGGGAUCUGGUUUUUUGCCUUCUGUUCAUUUAGGAUCUACAGCCUUGUUUCCAUCAUGCUGAUUAUGAUGGUUGUCACUGUAUCCGCCAGAGACUCUGUUUGGACGAGAACCAAAGGAGCUCCUGUAUGGUGCAGCAUGGCCACAAGUUGGGAGCUCAUUGAUUCUGGUCCAGACAGCCGUUCUGGAACUGGAGCUCAGCUCGGAGACUCCCUCAGACUUUUCCUAGAGGAGACGUCAGCUUUUAAACAGCAAAAUCCUGGAAAGUUCUGCCUGCUGGUUUGCAGCGUGUGCACAUUCUUUGCUGUCUUAGGACGCUACAUUCCAGGAAUCAUAAUCUCCUAUAUCAUAGUGCUGAGUAUUUUCCUUUGGCCUCUGAUUUCAUCUCAAGAUAUCAGCUUGUGGCUGGAGCCAGUUCUGCAGAAGCUGGACUUCGGCAUUGGUCACUUUUUUCAGAAAAUCAAGCAGAACCGUGACAAGAGACUAAUUCAAACUCAGACGGAGAUGAAGGAUGUUGAAUCAGACCUUUCUUCCAUGUUCCCCAAGCUCGACUCUACAGUGUGUAAGGAAAUGUCUGUGUCAGAUACAGAAGUGUCUGAUGUGACAUGGACGGAUAACGGCACUUUUAACCUAUCAGAGGGACACACUCCCCAGACUGAGAACUCAGAGGAUCUUGAUAAAGAAGAGUUAUUUACUGCUGAUCUCCCAGAAUUCCCAUCCCUUGAUAAUGGCACAACAACCAAUGGUGAUGAUGACCUCAGCCUUGACCUUUCCCUACCUCCACUUCAGCAAGUCAAAUCAAAACAAUCGGCCUCUGUCACGGAGAAAGACCGGUCAGCUGACAGCACCCUGGAACAGAUGGCUGACAGCGUUAUCACUGCUGUAGUUACAGCUGCAAUUCAGGAGAGAAUAGAAGCAGCGGUCGGCUUGGUGGCUCUGAAUGAAGACCCAGAGCGGUCGAGGCCUCCAGAUUCCACCCAGCUGCUGGAGCUAGCCGAGGAGUCGGACAGCGAUGUGGAAGACUUUGAGCUGUUAGACCAAUCUGAGCUGGAGCAACUGGAAGGGGAGUUGGGGCCUGUAGAGGAGAAGGCAAAGCCCAAAGUGGAGGAACCGGCUGCGACCGACAAACCAGCCUCUUCUGGAUUCCUCUCUAAACUCCUCAGGCGUCAGUAAUCGGCUAAACGUUUGACAGAGACGAUUAAACAGUCACAGAGGACAUUCAGAAAUGAGAUGGGAGAUUUCUGUCACUUUUGCCUUCGGUUUGAGGAGAAAAAAUUACCAUUUUCAUCUUUUAAAGCUAAAAUAUACAUUUAAAACAAAUCUGUUUCUAGAAGAAUUUUAGUCAGGAUACUUUUAUCUGCACGCAAUCUUUACCCACAAUUCAGUUUCUAUUAAGAUAUCAACACAUUUAAAAACAAAACUUGGCCCUUAAAACUAUGGACUUUUAUGUAAAUAACUGGAUAUUGUGUUUGUGGGAAUAAAAAUGGCAGAUAUGCACUUUUGUUCAGACCCGUCACCCGUGCCAUAUUUAAACCAUCUGUAUUUGGACUUUUUAAUCAUUUCCCCUGAGCAAUCAAUGCGGAAAACAUUUCCUUCAAUGUUUUUAGAGGUUUAUCAUCUGCAUAUAUUAAAGGUGGUUUAGCAAGUUUUCUGUCGUGGUUAACAUUUUGCUGAAUAAUUUUUAGUAAGGAUGCACAAUAUUGGAAUUUUGGUUAACAUAUUUGAAAUCUCCUUAGGCCAACUGAGACAGAUUUUUUCCCCCAAUAGACUUGCUUACAGACAUUAUGUAGUUUACUUCCUCCUGUCUUGCGAAGUCAUUGCAUGCAAGUGGUAAUUCAAAUAUCUUCUUCCAAACUUUAGAAAGCAUCCACACCAACAACAUUUUUACUUCAGCCUCAGUCCUGUGGAGGACUCAUGCAUCUGUUGGGUGCACAGGAACUGCUGAUACUGCAGGAACGAUACUCACUUAUUUGUUACAAAAACAGUGCCUUUUAUAUAGGUGCGUAUAUUGGUGGAAUGGCGGAUGUCCCGUAUCUGAUUUUAAAGCUAACUUUGGCUGACAGAUGGCUUGUGCUUUUAUAGAGCUUUAUGAAGUCUAAGGACCCCAAAGCCUUUUACACUACAGUUAGUCAUUCAUCUAAUUAUGCACACACAUUGUGGCAACAGUUGCCCUGUGGCUCACUGAUGAGUAAAGCUGCUGUACACAGGCCCCUACAGGCCCUCUGACCCACAUCAGUGACAGAACAUCCAAGUUUUAACCCUUUGAAACUUGUUGAAGGUGCUUAAAUCAGUCAGAACUCAUGCAUCCAAUAACAGUAUAAGUUUUUAUCAAUUAUCCUGAGGCUUCACAGCCUCAGUAUGAGGUUUGGCUUUCAGGAGUGGGGUCAAAGUACAUCUUAGUCGUGCUGAAAAUUUGAAUUUGAAGCUGGGACCUCAGUGUGUCUCCCAGUCCUUGGUGCAAUUUGGAGGUGUUGGAACUGUUUCUAUGCUCUGAACUCAACACACACCAAAAUCCAUGCCCUGAGUUUGCUGAGGUAUUUCUUUGUCAUGGAGGGUGUGAAUUGUUUAAUACCUAGAGGGAUAUGGUAAUUAAACUGGAGCUAUAAAGUGCAGCAUUGUGGGUUUGAUUGUGUUUGAAGCCACUUGGUUCAGUUUUGAUUCAGUUGCAUUGAAAUCUAAGCCAUGCAGAUGUGGACUAACCCCACACCAUGGAUAACCUUCAGCCAUGUUUCAUCCUUGAUCUUGUUAAACUACUCAGUGGUAUUGAACAUCAGCAAACUCUGUAGAAAGGUUUUGGGUAACUUAAGGCAAAUUAAUGAGGUCCUUCUCUGUAUCAUAAUAGACAGUGUGUUGCUCUUCUAUUAUACUCCCAACGAUAUAAACUAUUCCCUUUUAACACCAUCCAGUUUUUCAGCUAACUUUAACUUUCAUAAUGUGGUAUUAAUCUGGCAUGAAGGAGGCCUAUCAGGCUGUAUUCUUACUUGCACCACCCAAAGCUGUUUUUUAUUGUUAAAGGGAAGUAGGACGCUCAAUACUUAUUUUCUCAGAAGCAAUUCAAACUAAACAUUCAAAGAUCGCAUGAAAUUUUGAGCAGUUCUUUCAGCUGAAUUUCCCAGAAUUCCAAAGAUGCAAAUUAGUUUUUGACAAUCACUGCAUAGUUGUUUUUUUCAGGCUGACAUGAUAACAUUGUUCAUGACUGUGUCAUUGAUUGGAAAAGUUAAGAGAAACUAAUGCUGUUCAUUUUGUUUCCUGUUUUAGAGUUUAUUGUGUACCUUACUUUGAUUAUCAAACAUUUCUGUAGCUUGGUUGACUUUUACUUUAACAUGCAGCUGGUCUCAUAAUUAUGUGCAUGGAUAUCUGAAUACUUAAACAUCCAACUAAAGUAUUUUAGUGUCACUUGUGUGUUGGUUUCUUGUGGCUUGUUGUUUGCUGAGGGAAUGAUAAGAUCUGUCUGAAUCACUUUGGUAAUUCUGAAUUUGGCAGAUCUUUUAGGAUGGGAAUGAGCAGAAUGACCAUAUUGAGAGAAGUUCGUGUAUAAUAAAAGAGAUCCAGUUUGAUCAAAAAA